AUGGUUUCUCCGAGUAAUGAAACGUCGGCUAUCGAAAAAGAUGCCAAAAGUCAGGCUGCGGUUUUGCCGGAAAAAGCACUGUCAAGUUUUGGCCUUCAUAAACUUCAUGACCACGUCGAGAUAACGUUGGAAAAUUGUUUGUUGUCUGGCGAACUGUUAGACACUUCCCCGUCCUUGCAGGAUGGCUUAGACGUCGAAACCGAACGCGACCUGCGUUAUCUAGGAUGUGAAUUGAUUCAGCUGUCUUCAGUACUGCUUAAACUACCUCAGGUUGCUGCCGCGACAGGGCAAAUAUUGUUUCAGAGGUUCUACUAUGCCAAGUCUUUCGUCAGGUAUAAUUUUGAGCAAACCGCGAUGGCAUGUCUAAAUCUAGCCAGUAAAAUUGAGGAAGCACCAAGACGAUUUCGAGAUGUCAUCAACGUAUUUCAUCAUUUAAAGCAAAUUUACAGGCUGAAGGAAGGCAAAGGACACCAAAAAAAGUAA